AUGUUCCUUCUCCUUGCACUGCUCGCUGAGCUUGCAAAGAUACAGGCCAGCAGGGAUUCUGAAGGAAUAUUUCUGCAUGUCACAGUUCCAAAGAAAAUAAGGUCAGAUGAGAGUGAAGGUACUAAGAGGAAGGCGAUUUAUAUAAUUACAAUUGAUAAAAACCCAUAUACUCUGCAUCUCACAAAACGCUCAUUCUUAUCACAGAAUUUUUUGGUUUAUACAUUUAAUGAAACUGGAUCUUUGCAUACUGAUUCUUCAUAUUUUAAGAUGCAUUGUCAUUACCAAGGAUAUAUUGCAGAUUUUCCAAAUUCAGUUGCUACACUCAGCAUAUGUUCUGGUCUCAGGGGAUUCCUUCAGUUUGAAAAUAUCAGCUAUGGAAUUGAACCAUUGGAAUCUUCAGCAAGAUUUGAGCACAUAAUUUAUCAAGUGAAAAAUGAUAUACCAAUGUUAGCAGAAAACUACAGCAAUAUUUGGCAAAAAGAGCAGAACUAUAAAGUGUAUUUAAGCUCACAGGUAACUUCAAUAAUUCUGAUGUUAUGA